AUGUCAUUGUUCAACGCCCUUCGACACGAGGUCAAGCCCACAUCCACCGUCGCUCCCCUCCCUCCGGUUGAGUCGAGCUCCACGGCUACAGUAGGGUCGUCCGUACAGCAUGAACCUGCAGAAGAAAAUUUGAACCCAAGGGAGGGCCAGGUAGUCUUUGAACAGACAUUGCCUAGUCGAACGACAGAAUCUCGCCGUGUAGCCAUUACUGCGCUGCUGGUUCUGGCCAAUUUGGUACAGAUGACUGUCAACUUUGCAGGAAUCGCUGGGGGCAGUGUUUUGAUUGAAGCUUUAGGCGCCAAAGAAAGCUAUGCCUCGUGGAUUGCUGCUAGCUAUGCUCUCACACAAGGAACAUUUGUCCUGGUUAGCGGUCGAUUAGGCGAUGUCUACGGCCAUCGAGAACUCCUCCUGGCUGGUGGUGCCUGGCUCACCGUGUGCACUCUGGCCAGUGCCUUCUGCAACAACUUCUUUGCCUUUGUCACCAUGCGCGCGCUGGCAGGUCUCGGGGGAGCUUUCAUCAUGCCAAACGCUGUAGCAAUGAUCUCAAGCACCAACCCCCCCGGUCGGGUGCGAAAUCUCAGUCUGGGCAUGUUCGGGGCAUCCGCGCCCAUGGGAGGGUAUUUUGGGGCUUUGUUCCUGGGUGCCUUUCUGCAGCACACAGAAUGGAAGUGGUUCUUCAUUUUCAUUGCCUGUUUCGGUGUCAUUAUUUUCGUUCCUUUGUGGGCCCUGAGCCCGCGUGAGCCACCGGUCGAUCGACAUGGGAAGGUUGACUGUAUUGGGUCGGCUCUAGGGACGAGUUCGCUGAUUCUCUUCAACUUUGUCUGGAACCAAGCACCGAGUGUGGGAUGGUCAACGUCCUAUGAAAUUGUUCUGUUAAUUAGUUCAGUCAUCUUGUUUGCCGGCUUCCUUCUGUGGGAAAAGAAAUAUGCCGCAGAGCCAAUCAUGCCUCUCGAUAUAUUCAAAGCUCCAUCGUUCCUGACGCUGCUCCUAGUAGUCUUGCUCAACUACAUGGCUGUCGGUACCGUGAUCUGGUACCAGGUGCUGUGGCUGACGAAGGUUUGGCACUGGUCCCCCUUGCAGUUCGCGGUGGGAUGGACCCCCUUUGUUAUCUGCGCGACAGGGGCCGCCUGCCUCGCUGCCUGGAUGAUCCCACGACUGGCUGCUCAAUGGAUUCUGGCCAUUGGGACCGUGACCAUCCUUGUCUCCAGCGUGCUCAUGGCGACUGUGCCUGUCCACCAGACAUAUUGGGCCCAGAUCUUCCCUUCCAUUGUGCUGUUUUCUUUCUGUCCUGACUUCGUGUACACGGCUGGACAGAUCAUUGCCAGCAAUUCGGUACGUCGGAAUCAACAGGGCAUUGCUGGGUCUGUGAUUGGCACCCUGAAUCUCUAUGGGUGUAGUCUCGGGUUAGGGUUCGCUUCCACAAUUGAAGAGCAAAUUACCCGGAAAUCUGGGCAGAUCAUGGGGUAUCGAGCGGCCCUGUAUUUCGCUGUGGCUAUCAGUGCCGUGGCCCUCAUUCUUGACGUAUGCUUUGUCAGACUAGUCAAGGAUGAGCGAGAGGGGUGGCAUGAGGAGAGCGUAACCAAUGAGUUUGAGCUCACCGCAGCAGCAGCGACUGGUGUGCGGUUGCCCAACGCAUAG